GAACUUCCGGUUAUGCGUUCGGUUUACGGCCUGACGUUUUUCCGCUGACUAAGGAGGAAGCGGUGGGGGCCGUUUACGACCCCGCCUGUUGUGUUUACGGCGCCGGCCUUUGCGCGCGCAUGUUCCCUCCUUUCCAGGUUUUUCCGAGUGCUCCACAGUCUCCUGCCGGCCAUCUGUCGCCAUCCCGGCCCGCGGAGGCCGUUACAGGUUUUAGAAAGAUGGCAAAAUUCAUGACACCUGUGAUCCAGGACAACCCCUCAGGCUGGGGUCCCUGUGCCAUUCCUGAGCAGUUUCGGGAUAUGCCCUACCAGCCAUUCAGCAAAGGAGAUCGACUAGGAAAGGUUGCAGACUGGACAGGUGCCACAUACCAAGACAAGAGGUACACAAAUAAGUACUCCUCUCAGUUCGGGGGUGGAAGUCAGUAUGCCUAUUUCCACGAAGAAGAUGAAACUAGCUUCCAGCUGGUGGACACUGCACGCACACAAAAGACCGCCUACCAGCGGAACCGGAUGAGGUUCGCACAGCGGAACCUCCGCAGGGACAAAGACCGACGGAACAUGCUACAGUUCAACCUGCAGACCCUACCCAAGAGUGCCAAGCAGAAAGAGAGAGAACGAAUUCGCCUGCAGAAAAAAUUCCAGAAGCAAUUUGGAGUGAGGCAGAAAUGGGACCAAAAGUCACAGAAACCCCGAGACUCUUCCGUUGAAGUUCGCAGUGACUGGGAGGUAAAGGAAGAAAUGGACUUUCCUCAGCUGAUGAAGAUGCGCUACUUGGAAGUGUCUGAGCCUCAGGACAUUGAGUGUUGUGGCGCCCUGGAAUACUAUGACAAAGCCUUUGACCGCAUCACCACCCGAAGCGAGAAGCCACUGCGGAGCAUCAAGCGCAUCUUCCACACUGUUACCACCACAGAUGACCCUGUCAUCCGGAAACUUGCAAAAACACAGGGCAACGUGUUUGCCACUGAUGCCAUCCUGGCUACGCUGAUGAGCUGCACCCGUUCCGUGUACUCCUGGGACAUUGUUGUCCAGAGAGUUGGAUCCAAACUCUUCUUUGACAAGAGGGACAACUCUGACUUUGACCUGCUGACUGUGAGUGAGACAGCCAAUGAGCCCCCUCAAGAUGAAGGCAAUUCCUUCAAUUCACCCCGCAACCUGGCCAUGGAGGCCACCUAUAUCAACCACAACUUCUCCCAGCAGUGCUUGAGAAUGGGAAAGGAAAGAUACAACUUCCCAAACCCAAAUCCAUUUGUGGAGGACGACAUGGACAAGAACGAAAUUGCCUCCGUUGCUUACCGUUACCGAAGGUGGAAGCUUGGAGAUGACAUUGACCUAAUCGUCCGUUGUGAGCAUGAUGGCGUCAUGACUGGAGCCAAUGGGGAAGUGUCCUUCAUCAACAUCAAGACACUCAAUGAGUGGGACUCCAGGCACUGUAAUGGUGUUGACUGGCGUCAGAAGCUGGACUCUCAGCGUGGAGCUGUCAUUGCCACUGAGCUGAAGAACAACAGCUACAAGUUGGCCCGGUGGACCUGCUGUGCAUUGCUGGCUGGAUCUGAGUACCUGAAGCUUGGGUAUGUGUCUCGAUACCAUGUGAAGGACUCCUCUCGCCACGUCAUCCUGGGCACCCAGCAGUUCAAGCCCAAUGAGUUUGCCAGCCAGAUCAACCUCAGUGUGGAGAACGCCUGGGGCAUCCUGCGUUGUGUCAUCGACAUCUGUAUGAAGCUGGAAGAGGGCAAGUACCUCAUCCUCAAGGACCCCAACAAGCAGGUCAUCCGUGUCUACAGCCUGCCUGACGGCACCUUUAGCUCCGAAGAAGAUGAGGAAGACGAGGAGGAGGAGGAGGAGGAAGAGGAAGAAGAAGAAAGUUAAAUGAGAUGGUGAUGGGACAGUGAUGUGGAGCGGGCAACAUGGAGAAGGCAUGAGAGGCUCCACCCAGCCUGGAAGAGUCGUGGUGCUUUGGCAGUGCCUGAUGCCUGCUCUCUAGCAGGUGGAAUAAAGUUUAAGUCCUUUUAGUCUCUUUA